UCCCAAACAAUUUGAAUAGUAUUAAUGAACAGCUAAAUUUAAUUAAUGUGUAUUGCUAUAAAUUUGAAUUUGGAUAACAUUUUUACAAAGAAUACUUCAAAUAAUGUCCAGAUAGAUACGCUAUACUUCAUACGCAGUAACUUUUAUUAAACAGGUUCUUCGUUACAUUGUGUUUGGUAGUUACAAUACAAAUUAGUUCCACGUUGGACAUGAGUGCAAAGUAAGCAAUAUGGCUGCAAAGGAAAACAAUCUUCCCAUAUUAUACGGGGAAUUAAAUAAAUUAGGUCAAAAUGGUGAAUACGAGCGGGCUAUAAAAGUUGCUAAUAAAAUCUUAGAUACCUUCCAGGAUGAAGAAGCAGCUUUCCAUUGUAAAAUUAUUUGCUACAUUCAAUUAUCGAAAUUCAGCGAUGCACUCCAAUUUAUUACUAGGAAUCCAAAACUGGCAGUCAAUUUAGAUUUUGAGAAAGCAUAUUGUUUAUAUAGAUUGAAUCAAGUACUUGAUGCUUUAAAGGUAGUUGAAAAUGUUUCAAAUCCUUCGUUGAAACUUAAGGAACUAAAAGCUCAAAUACUAUACAGGCUAGAAAAGUAUGAAGAAUGUUUCUCAGUGUACAGAGACAUUAUAAAGAACUCUCAUGAUGAGUAUGAAGACGAAAGAGAAGCUAAUCUUGCAGCAGUGGUUGUAAAUUUAACAGUUGAGGGUUCUAACUUAGAAGUUCCUGCAUUACGCGAAGAUACGUACGAAUUAACGUACAAUGCAGCCUGUCGUUUAAUUGCACAAGGUAGCAAAGGUGAUAAAACUACUUUAAUUGAGGCAGAGAAGAAACUUAGAGUAGCUGAGAAAAUGUGUAAAGAAGAUUUAGAAGAAGAUGGAGUUGGCGAGGAAGAAAUAGAAGAUGAAUUGGGAAUUAUUAGAGUUCAACUCGGAUGUUGUCUUCAACUUCAAGGUCGCGAAAAAGAAGCUCAAACGUUGUACCUUUCUGCUUUAAAAGCAAAACCCGAUGACAUAGCUCUAGUAGCAGUUGCGAGCAAUAACCUUGUGUGCCUCAAUAAAGAUCAAAAUGUAUUUGAUAGUAAAAAGAGGAUGAAAAGUGCUACUCAUGAUAGCUUAGAGCAUAAACUAACUUCUAGACAGAGAAAAAAUAUUGCAUAUAAUCAGUGUUUGCUGGCUUUAUACACUGAUCAGGCAGAACAUUGUCAACAACUUUGUAAUAAACUAGUUAAGGAUUAUCCUGCACUGACUGUAGAUGCAAUGUUUGUUAAGGCAGUACAGCUUGGUAAAGAAGGUAAAGCAAAGGAAGCAGCAAAAUUAUUAAUUCAGUAUGCAGUUGGCGACAAAGAAUUACAAAUGAAAUUGGUUUGUGUGCAACUUUUAUUGAGUCAGGAUGAGAGGCAAGAGGCAAUCGAUAUUCUUGAAAAUUUAAGUGAAAGAGACAAGUCAUUACCCGGUAUAGUUAGUACACUUGUAACACUUCACAUGGCUGACAAUAAUCGUGAAAAGGCGUCAGCUGUCCUUAAAAAUGCAGUCAAUUAUUACAAGAAAAAUAAAGAAGCUACCGCCAAUCUAGGAGAAUUAUGGCGGCAGGCUGCUGAUUUUUAUCUACGUGGAGGAGACAUUAAAAUGGCUGCUGAUAUUUUACAAGAAAUGGUAGAUGCUUCUCCUUGUGAUACCAAGACGCUAGCGCAAUUGGUGGUGGCUUAUGUGCAGUUUUGUCCUGAAAAGGCGCAGUUACUAUCAAAACGUUUGCCGCCAUUACAUGAUCUCUCUGAAACAACCGAUGUUGAUGCUUUGGAAAGCAGUAAUUGGGUAAUUGGUACCAAAAUGAUCAAGAAAAAGAUAGAACCAUCUCCCGGUAAACCUGUUGUCGAUAUAACACAAAAGAAAAAGAAAAAACGUAAACGCAAAGGAAAGUUGCCUAAAAAUUAUGAUCCAAAUGUUCCACCGGAUCCUGAACGAUGGUUACCUAGACACGAACGUAGUGGAUUUAGGAAGAAACGAGAUAGAAGAAAUCGAGACGCUGCAAUGAAGGGUACUCAAGGUGCUGCAGCUGGAGCUAGUGAUAUCGAUAUAACGAAAAUGCCUACAAAUGCAAAACCUUCUCCUAAUCCUCGACAUAGUCCAGCGGUAGAAAGUUCCGGUCCACGGCAACAACAACGUAAGGUUCAGCAGAAGAAGAAAAAGAAAGGUGGAAAGUGGUAAAAAGUCGUUUACGUUUGCAUUGCAUUCGUUUGAAAUAUGUAUAGCACCUCUAUAUUGUUAAAACGAGGAUUGAUAUGUCUCUUUAAGGGUUGAAUAAUUUUUUCGAGUAUACACAUAUUUUUUAUCACUGUACAUAUGUUCAGUAAAGAAUACUGCCAUUUUUAAAUGAAUGUACUACUUUAUAUCAAUAUCACUUGAUCACUAAAUUUUUAACUUCUGAACUCGAUACCAUUAAAUUAAAAUAUAACUAAAUUCUGUGUGAAUUAAAAAUAAAUGACAUACACGAAAAAUAUAUGAUAUAUAAAAUA